CAGUAUCUUUGGGAUAUUCGUCGCGAUUGCAUUCGAACAUCAAUUAUUUCUCAUCAGGAUCAAUUCUUUCGAACUUAUCCACAGUCAAUGAAGACUAUGAAGUCAAGUGAGGCGAGCACGGUAUUCGACAGUGGAGGUGGUGUGAGCGGUUCCGGUGAGGCACCGGACGUGUUCAGGUCUGGCCACGAGGUACGCAAGAACAUGGAACGCGGUCUACACGAGCGUGACCGGGUCGGUGUCCAGGACUUCGUUCUCCUCGAGGACUUCCAGAGCGAGGAGGCGUUCAUCGAUAAUCUGAGAAAGCGUUUCAACGAGAACCUGAUCUACACAUAUAUCGGUCAAGUACUCAUCUCCGUGAAUCCUUAUAAGAAAUUACCAAUUUACAACACGGAAACCAUCCAGUAUUAUCAAGGGAGGAACUUCUUCGAAGCGCCGCCGCACAUUUUUGCAUUGUCGGGUACCGCUUAUGAGUCUUUGUUGAACGAAAAUCGGGAUCAAUGCAUUUUAAUUUCUGGUGAAUCCGGUUCAGGGAAGACCGAAGCUUCGAAGAAGGUGCUUGAAUUUAUCGCGGCUGCCACCGGGCACAAGAAACAAGUGGAGGAAGUGAAUGAUAAAUUGAUCGGUAGCAACCCGGUGCUCGAAGCUUUCGGGAACGCGAAAACUAAUCGCAAUGAUAACUCGUCCCGUUUCGGCAAGUACAUGGACAUCCAGUUUAAUUUCCAGGGAGAUCCGAUCGGUGGGAAUAUCUUGAAUUACCUGCUUGAGAAAUCGCGAGUGGUUCAUCAGUUUUCAGGAGAACGUAAUUUCCAUAUUUUUUAUCAACUACUGGCUGGAGCCAGCGAGGAGACUUUAAGGAAGUUGUACUUAAAGAGAAAUUUAGAUACGUACUAUUACCUCAGUAAUGGGACGAAAGGGAACAUGGAUAAUAUCGACGACGAGGCUCAAUACAUGGAGGUAGUAAAGGCGAUGAAAACCAUGGAGAUGACUCAACAGGAACAGGACGAUUUAUUCGCGAUAGUCGCAUCGGUAUUGCAUAUGGGAAACGUUGGUUUCACAGAGGAGGACGGCGUGGCGCAAAUCUUGAAGCCAGCUUCCGUCGAAGCUGUUGCCGCCUUGUUGGGCUGCGACGUGAAGGGACUAGCGGACGCGUUUACGAACCGCACUAUAGACGCCCACGGCGAUGUGGUCGUUUCCCCAUUGAACAGAGAAUUCGCGAUUUAUGCACGGGACGCGUUGGCGAAAGCCGUGUAUGAUAGACUGUUCACCUGGCUCGUGACCAGGUUGAACAAAUCCCUACAGCCGAUUCACAAUCAGUCGCGAAAGAUGAUCAUAGGAAUUCUGGAUAUUUACGGUUUCGAAAUCUUCCAGAAGAACAGCUUCGAACAGUUCUGCAUAAAUUAUUGCAACGAGAAGCUGCAGCAGUUGUUCAUUCAGCUAACAUUGAAAUCGGAACAGGAGGAAUAUCUGAGGGAGGGAAUAGCUUGGGAGAACAUUCAAUAUUUUAAUAACAAAGUUAUAUGUGACUUAAUAGAAGAAAAGUAUAAAGGUAUUAUAUCCUUGAUGGACGAGGAAUGCCUUCGUCCUGGAGAACCAACAGAUUUAAGCUUUCUGGAAAAGUUAAACGUGAACUUGAACAAUCAUCCUCAUUAUAUAAGUCACAUGAAGGCGGACUUACAGACACAAAAGAUUAUGGGACGCGAUGAAUUUAGAUUGAUACAUUACGCUGGGGAUGUAACGUACAAUGUCCGUGGGUUCCUCGAGAAAAAUAAUGACUUAUUAUAUAGGGACUUGCGCGAAGUAAUGUCGCACACCACGAAUUCAAUUACCAAGAGCCUGUUCAGCGUGAAGAAAGAUUUAACCAGUAAGAAACGACCGGAGACAGCUAUUACGCAAUUCAAAAACAGUUUGAACAACCUGGUAGAGAUCCUCAUGGGUAAAGAACCUUCUUACAUUCGGUGCAUCAAGCCCAACGAUUAUAAGAAGCCCAAUCAAUUCAAUGAGAAAAUUAUACUUCACCAAGUGAAGUACUUGGGUCUGAUGGAAAAUCUACGAGUGAGGCGAGCUGGAUUCGCAUACCGAAGACCGUAUGAACAAUUUUUACAACGUUACAAGUCGUUGUGUCCACAAACAUGGCCUAAUUAUCAUGGCUCUGCCAAGGAGGGUGUGCAGAGUCUUGUGUGCCAUCUUGGUUACGAAGCAGACGAAUACAGAAUGGGCAACACGAAGUUGUUCAUUCGUUUCCCUAAAACAUUGUUCAAUACCGAAGAUGCUUUCCAAAGGAAGAAACACGAAAUAGCAGCCAUCAUUCAAAGCAAAUGGAAAUGCAUAUUGGAACGACGAAGAUACUUGAAGCUGAGGAAAGCCACGAUAGUCUUUCAAACGUAUAUUCGUCGAUGGCUAGCAAAACGCGAAGCAGAAAGGAGACGAAAAGCUGCCAUCACUAUACGAAGAUUUAUCGAAGGAUUCAUCACGCGAAACGGGCCACCGACCGAUGUCAACAGGGCUUUUAUCGAAUUAGCGAAACGCCAAUGGUUAAUCAAGCUCUCUAAAACACUUCCGAAAGAUGUCCUGAAUAAUUAUUGGCCCCCGUGUCCCUAUUCUUGUCGAGAAGCUUCCGAACACUUGCGCGUCAUGUAUAAAAAAUGGAAAGCGCGUAAAUACAGGCUGGCAUUGUCGAAGGAGGAGAAAGAACAUUUCGAAUUAAAGGUUUUAGCGGAAUCUCUAUUCAAAGGUAAAAAGAAAUCGUACCCGAAGAGUGUGGGUUCAAGAUUCCUGUACGAUCGACUUGGAGCUGAACACAAAGCGUUGAAACAAAGUUUCAUCAGCAAUAUUCUUCCCAGAGAUGAAACCAUAAAAUAUGCCGCCCCUGUUGUUAAAUACGAUCGACAUGGCUACAAACCCCGUGAGAGGGUAUUAAUUUUAACAGAGAACGCAGUUUAUAUUUUAGACACGUUGAAGACGUUUAAACUGAAGCAUCGACUACCAUACAAAUCCAUUGAGGAAUUAGUUGUUACCGGAGAAUCGGAUAAUCUACUGAUCGUCAGGAUACCACCAGAAUUAAAAAAAGACAAGGGUGACUUAAUCUUGGAAGUACCACAUACAAUAGAAGCGCUAACGAAAGCAAUCGAUGUCACUAAUAAUCCGAGUAUUCUUAAAAUUAUUAAUACCGAAUCGGUCUCACACAAACUAGUCAGCGGUAAAGAAGGCGUAAUUGAAUUCAAAACCGGAAAGGCACCGAAUAUUAGCAAAAACAGACAAAGUGGACACUUAGUGGUGGUGAUGUCUCCCUAAUGUCUGGAAAGUACAUCAGGUGAUUUUGUACUUAGAACUAAGCGUUCGACACGAUACGCAAGUAAAGCAGCCUUGAUCAUGUGAUCUAAAGUGGAAGACUAUUAAGAAAAUAUAAUAUAUACAAAUUUAGUCCAUUUAACAAAUGACACUCGCAGUUUUGUACCUUGUUGUAUGAGUUGUGUAAAAUAUUUUGUGAGAUAAUGUUUAUUUUUAUAAAUAACACUCAGCGAAGCAUAAAACCUUUCGUUAGCAAUACGAAUCAACUAGAGAAAGGAAAAAAGGAAACGAAAUUUCUGUGCCUUCCAAAAAAUUGUUGUACUGUAUUAUCGCACAAGAUACAAUAACUUAUUGUGAGAUGUGUUAAAGAUGCACUUAAUGAAAAAAUGUUCUUUUUCUAUAUUUAUAUUAUGUAAAUCACUGUGCCAUUAAUUUCAUGUUCAGAGUUAUUCUAUGGGGUAACGAUAUAAAUUAAAGACCUUUACUCGUAAUAAACUGAUCAAUUUGUA